CUCACAUUCACACUCACACUCGCACCACAAGCAGCAUUUGUCUGUGCUGUAGAGAAGAAACUCUCUUCACUUGUGCUUAUUAGACGAAAGCUCAUUUGUUUACGUUUUAUAAAUCGCCUCUAAUUUCACUUUUCUUUAAAAAAAAUAAUAUUUGCGCGGAAUAAGAGCGAUUAUGUUCAGACCGCUCAUCAUGAAUCCAGCUUUCCUACCUGCGCAAACUAAAGGCGUUUUGAAGGCGCUCCUGGAGGAACCCAUAAAACUACCUUUACACCAAGAUGAAGGUUAUAGGAACGAAAGAGAGAAGGUGAAAAAGUUGGAGGAAGAGGGAAACCCUCCACAAUCAGCUUUCUUGGGGCCAACACUUUGGGAUAAAAGAUUGCCUUACGAUGGGAAUAGUUUUCAGUUGGAGUAUAUGGACCUUGACGAGUUCCUUUAUGAAAAUGGCAUCCCCUCCAGUCCCGCACAACAUGACCAAAACAUCCAUCACCAGCAACAGCAGCAGGCUUCCAUGUCCCAGGACCCCAUCUCAGUCAUGAACCUUAGCAACCGGGCCAUCACCUCCAUCCACAUGGUUCCCCAGAACUGCCUCCACAGCCCGGGAAGACCAGUUUUGCCUGCAUCACGUAACACACCAAGCCCAAUAGACCCGGAGGACAUUCAGAUACCGAUGAGCUAUGAGCCUGAUCCAGAAGAUCUGGCUCUGUCCAGCGUGCCUGGCCAGGAGGUUUUCGACCCAAGAAAACGCAAGUUCUCAGAACAGGAGCUGAAGCCUCAGCCUAUGAUCAAAAAAGCAUGCAAAGUCUUCAUUCCUGAUGAUAUGAAGCAGGAUGAAAAAUACUGGGCACGGCGCAGAAAGAACAACGUGGCUGCCAAGAGGUCACGGGACGCCCGGCGUCUCAAGGAAAAUCAGAUUGCAAUCCGGGCUGGUUUCCUGGAGAAAGAGAACGCGGCUCUCCGACAGGAAGUUGCUGACCUACGGAAAGAGCUGGGGCUUUGUAAAAAUACCUUAACCAACUAUGAAACUCAGCACAGCCCCCUGUGAGGCCCUGGGGACCCGAGGUUCCCCUAUCCCAUGCCCAUUCAGUUUGAAGAACAAUAUUCUUGGGUUAAGGUCCAUUUGUCCUGCCGUUAAGCCAGUCCUCACCUCAUUCUGUUCUUGGCACCUUAGACGGCAGAAAAUGUUUUGUCAUGUAUUUAUUUUAUGCAUCUUAUAGAGAACUACCUGCUUUUUGUUUGUUACUGCAAACAAAUCCAUCAUUGUUUGCUGAUCAUAUUUCUUAAUAGGACAUACUGCUUAUAUUUCAGUGUGUGGUAGCAUUUCACUUGUCUUUAUAACACAAACGUUUUGCCUUGAUUUGGUGUACUUUAGCAGUAAAGUCAGAGCCAGAAGACUUUAGAGACUCAUACACUUAGCAUUGUCUAUGAUAGUGACACGUCCAUUGCUACUUAGGUCUUCAGACGUGUUUAGGUUGUGUGUUUCUGUAAAGACAUUGUUCUAACAGACAGAACAGAAUGUAGCAAGUUUAACAAUAUUUGUUUGAAAUUAGUUUGAAUUUAUAAAAUAGGCCUUUAUAUCAACCAUCUCAACAGACUGGAUGUUUACAGAUAAUUACUUCUGUACACCUAAAUAUCUGACUCAACAUGUUCUAAUUAGAAAACAGACAAUCAGGUUUAUUCCAAAGCAUUAUAAAAUAAGUAUAGCAGCUUUUAAAAAUCCGUGCCACAUGGAGUGUUACUGAAUUAGCUGUUACCUUGAUUAUGAACCCAUAGUUGGAUUUGUAGUCUAUUUGGUUAAAUGGACUUUCUCAGUUGUUAAAAUGAUAUAUUUAUGUUAUUCAGAAUGUUUUCUUACAGUUCAGAGUCUGUCCAUACCCCAUAGAUUGUUUUAAUCAGUUGAUAAACUUUUUAUAAAACCAAAGGUGGCUUGUGUGGGAAAUUAAUACCGCUGUAUAGAUUUUUUCUCUUAAAAAAAUAUUUUCUAAGUGCAACUGGAGAUAUUUGUAUGAAGGCACAAGACAGAGACCAUGAACAUAAUUUAUUCUGCAUUUAGCUUGCUUAAACUGUGAUCAAAGGAAAGCAUUGUGAAGAUCCAAUGCCAUUAUCACAUAAGGUGCGCUGUUUUGGCAGAAUUGUAUUUAGGGUAUAUUAAUACAUAGGAGGGUAUAUUGCCUUUUGUUUAUCCGUUGUAAAAUGAAUGUACAAUAUAAGUAUGGUGUUUAUUUUAUGUCUAUCACUCUUUCCUACAGACCAAAUUAUAUAUAAUACAAGAAGGCUAUAUUGUCAUAUUGAAAUUAAAUGUUUUUUUACAAAGCUAUUUUUGUUUUUGUACAGUAUUUUCAUAUGAAUUUCUGAAUAUACUGUAUUUAAUUUGAUGAAUGUAUAUAUUUAUAUAUAGGUAUCAAUCUAUAUUAAAGAGUUCUAAAUUCUACAGGCAACUGUAUGGGCAUUAUUACAACACAUUUAUGUACAUGUGACCAUAGUUUAAUCUUUUAGAUGUGUCUAUUCUUACACAAUCACUUUGGUAUUAUAUGCAUCAACAUGGAAACAAAUAUUUAAUGUUUAUUGUUUUCUUUUAUAGUUACUUCAAUUAUAUUUUCAAUUCCUGUCAUGUAUUGGUGGUGAUGUACAAUCAUGAAAAAUGCUAUUAUUGUGUUUUUGCCAAAUUUGGUAAAAGAAAGCAAUUCUCAGCCAUGGAAACUGAGAAUGUUGUAUUGUGUAUUUCAGCAAACCAAACAGAAUUGUCUUUUAUAUUAAAUAUAUAAAAUUACAGCAUGUUUUAAAUAUUACCAUGAAUUCUUUCUUCAUGUGAUGAAUUGACCUCAAUAUUUGCAAUAUGUGGUCCUUUUAUGGUUCAUUUUCCCUGUUGAGUUGCUCUUAAUGAAAA